AUGACAAACAGAUCUUCUCUGCAGAAGUUGUUUAUGGCCUGCAGAGAUGUGUUCAAAGGUCUUGGCACCGUUCCUCAGCCCACUAACGUAACCAAGCUCUGCCACAUUCUAGAUAAUAUGAGGCAUGAAGAUGUAGGACUAAGCAAGGAUAUCCAGUUCUUCAAGGCCAAAAGGGUUGCCAAAGGGAUUCCCAAAGUCACAUGCACUACUGUAUACAAGGGUGAGGGGUUUUCGUGGUAUAUUUUCUUUCUUCCUCCAAGAGCUGUCAUUCCCCUUCAUAACCACCCAGGAAUGACAGUCUUCAGUAAGCUUCUGUUAGGAAUUAUGCACGUCAAAUCUUAUGACUGGGUUGAUCCUGUUGGCUCUGAUUCCUCUUCGCCCCCCUCCAAAUUGAGAUUGGCGAGAUUAAAGGCGAACAACGUCUUCAUAGCUCCAUGCAACACUUCAGUAUUGUAUCCAACUUCAGGAGGUAACAUCCAUGCCUUCAUAGUCAUAACACCAUGUGCAGUGCUUGAUGUUUUUAGGCCGUUAUAUGAAUCAUCUAAAAUUCUCGCUCAGAAAACGACUGUUGCUACAUUACGACACAUAAGACAAAUUGCACAAGAAACCAAUGGAGAAAUUCAGUAUGGUGGGGGCGCCAACCUACUGUUUUAA